CUGGGUCGUAGCCCUGCCGCCCUUGGACAUGGCCCUGCUUCAACAGCCAGGUCCGCACCGGUGGACGCCAAGAGUCCAGUCAGAGCGCAGAGUCCCCGGAGGACAUCCGGACGGGGUGCAAGAACAAUCUCAGGAAGAGUACUGUGUCUUCAUGUAGAAUUUAUAAAGUUACCAAGCUGACUUCAUGGAAUUCAGGAAUUCAGAGGAAAUGUUCACUGAGGGGGAAAACACCAUUAUUUUUCUUUAACUUUGAGCUCGUGCUUGUCCAGGCAUGCUUAUGAUUGCGGCGCUUGUAGACAGUUAAUCUCUUGAGAUCACGACAAAAACCUGUCUUACAGUCACCGGGAUGCCAAGAGCGGAGGCAUUUUCCUCCAGCAAUGAAUUCCUCAUUUCACCUGCAUCUUUUGGAUCUUACCCUGAAUGCCACGGGAGACAGUCUUUUGGGAUCAAAUGUCAAGAACAAGUCUUCGCCCUGUGAGGACAUGGGCAUCGCCGCAGAGUUCUUCCUAACUCUGGGUCUUGUCAGCCUCCUAGAGAACGUCUUGGUCAUCAGCACGGUCGUAAAGAACAAGAACUUGCACUCACCCAUGUACUUCUUCGUGUGCAGCCUGGCGGUGGCUGACAUGCUGGUGAGCUUGUCCAAUGCUGGGGAGACCAUCGUGAUCUACUUAAUUACCAAUAAGCACCUGGUGAUGCCGGAUGCCUUUGUGCGUCACAUUGACAACGUGUGCGACUCCAUGAUCUGCAUUUCUGUGGUGGCCUCCAUGUGCAGUUUGCUGGCCAUUGCAGUGGACAGGUAUGUCACCAUCUUCUAUGCCCUGCGCUACCACCACAUCAUGACAGCGAGGCGCUCAGGGCUGAUCAUUGCCUGCACCUGGACCUUUUGCACAGGCUGUGGCAUCAUCUUCAUCAUUUACUACGACUCCACUUACGUCAUCAUUUGCCUCAUCUCCAUGUUCUUCACCAUGCUGUUCCUCAUGGUGUCUCUGUACGUACACAUGUUCCUGCAGGCUCGGACCCAUGUCAAACGGAUGGUAGCCACACCCAGAUACAGCUCUGCAAGGCAAAGGACCAGCAUGAAGGGUGCCAUUACCCUCGCCAUGCUGCUAGGGGUUUUUAUUGUGUGCUGGUCUCCCUUCUUCGUCCACCUCAUCCUAAUGAUCUCAUGCCCUCAGAACAUCUAUUGCUCUUGCUUUAUGUCUCACUUCAACAUGUACCUCAUCCUCAUCAUGUGUAACUCUGUGAUCGAUCCACUCAUCUAUGCCUUCCGCAGCCAGGAGAUGCGGAAGACCUUUAAAGAGAUCAUUUGUUGCCAUGGACUCAGACUAAAUUGUCAGCUCCCCAGCAGGUACUGACGUGACAUUCUCCUCUCUGGGCACUCAUUUCUCAAAAUCGGUUUGGUAUAGCCCAGGGGCUAGCAAGAUCACUAGGAACCUCAUGUGCAUUCCUUUUUCUCUCUUUUCCAGUUCAAAUUAGUGCUGAAGAAGAAACACUCCUUUAUUUCUUGGUGGCCAUUGUAUGUCAGAAGUAUUCACGCAUUACUUACAUAUUUUGGGAAUGGUCUGUGUCUAUGUGUCCUUUUGUCAUCUUACUCCCUUUCUGCUCCCAUUUCUGGGUCCCCAACCAUCCUCCACUUGGUCAGUAUGUCCUUAGGAAAUGUAUGACAUCCUGAGUGACAAUCUAAGCAUGAUGAACAGGCUGUGAUGGAAAUAAACACUGUGGAUAUAUAUAUCAUGUAUGAUUGCUUUGUUCUACCCUAAAACAGCCCCUUACUUUGCUGGAUCCUCCUGGAGUUUUACUUGCUGGUCAAGGAAGAAGAGACACCCAGAUCCUUUCCAUCUGAAAACUUCAUGUUCAUUUGUUGUGACUGUCUCCACACCUCUCAUUUCCUACACUUUUGGUUUUAUGACUUGCAUUUGGAAUUACCUGGGGAACAAUAUUCCCCAAUUAUGCUUUUGCCCGUCAUAGUUUUAUACUUUCCCAGACAAAAAAGUUUAUGCCACAAACCUUGCUUCAUGUGUUGUGAAUAUCUGUGACUUUUCAUUACUGUCCUAUUCGGGCUCCAUUAAGGGUUCCCACAUGAAAAUUUGGGGAUCUAGUUAAGGGCAAUGGAUGAACACCUGCUCUCACCCUAUAGAAAAGAUACUCUGGCUUUUUCACAUGAGGUCUGUCUUGAUGUCUGAAGCCUUGCUGCUGUACUCUUUACAGCAUUUUAAUCUAAUUCUAGCAGCCACCAAAGUUCAGGGGUCCCAUCUUUGACCAGGGAACCCAUCUUCUCCAAUCCAGAAUGGAGAAAAGAAGAGUCAAGCUCAGGUCCCAACUUUGCCACUCACUUGCUAAGUGGCCUUAAUCAUCUCACUUUAGGUUCCACAUCUGUGCUAUUUUCCCAGGGUGGCUAUGGGAAAACGGUAUGAGAAAAUCUGAGAACUUUGUUUAAAUUUUGAAAACACCAGAAGGCCUUUCUUUUUAUUUUAAAACAUUGACCUAUAUGAGACAAAAGCUAAGGAAGGACACAGGAGUUAGUGACUAGAGCAAUGUGUGGACACCAGGAGUCCUGCUUUGCUCAGAGGGGCUGUGUGGCCUCUGGGUCUCAGGGUUCUCCUAUAAAAUGAAGGUCAUAUAUCCCCCAGGUCACUUGCUACAUUUCUUUAGUAGCUUCUUGGUAUCAGUCUUUGUUCCUUGGUUUGGAGAUUCACAUUGAGACUGGUCCCAAAUGAAGGUGAAAAUGUAAGAAGACCAGUGGGCCAUUAGGGAAGAUUUAAGGGACAGAGAAGAACUUCCUGGGUAUAGUCACAUAAAUAGCUUUGGGCUUGACACACCCCUACCCCAGCAUAGAAAGAACUGGUGCUGAUCAAUAGGAAAAUACACGAAAUGUCCAAAUCUUCUGCAAGUGACAAAUUAACAAGUUGUUUGGAGGGACAGUAGUCCUUCAAAAUGUUUUCUGUUUCUUCUUGCUGGAAAUGUAUGUGCACGUUUUGAAGAGAAAGUAAGUGUUCUCAAUGUAAUUAGCAUGGAAAAUACAGUCCAGUGUUGUGGCUGCCAUGGGUACUGUGCAGGGUGACUCUCAUCUGCGCAUGGGCACUGAUAUAAUGGUUGUUGUUACUAAGCAAGUUCUUGUUGAAACUUUUGCUUAAUACCCCUGAGUACUAAGGAUGGUCACCAGACUUCCAACCCUAGAGUAAACUUUGUGGUCUCAUUGGUUUCAUAUUGAAGUUGUCUUAUUAUGCAGAUUCUCUGCUCUAGAAGGCUCGUGGCUGACUGAAAAUUCUGACGUU